CCGCCGCCGUGCGCUUAUCUCCUUCGACCACAUUGCGGCCUGGGUUCAGCCGAGCGAGCGCGCUUGGAUACGGCGCAGAAUACACACAAGUACAGUAGACACACACACACACACCCACGAAACACACACUGGUAGCCCAGAAAAAAAAAAAAAAACGUCAGACAUGGAUGACCCACUCACAAAAUGGCUCCACUUACGCGGUAGCAUCAACAGCAGCACUCCCGACGGGUUGCACGUAUACACCCCACCAGUGAUUUUAUAAUGGCACGUGAGUUAUGGCAUAAAUGUUAAUCCGGACAGAGUGAGAAAAGAGACCCCAAAACAAAAAUGAUGGAAAAAAGGCAGCCGGACCUUUGUCGUGGGAAUCCAGACGCAGAGUCCGGUCGUGGAAAGCCCGAGGACUCCAUCAUCAUCAGAUGCGACGAAGAGGAGGAGGGGAAGAUGAGGAGGAGGAGGAGGAGGAAGAAUGAGGAGGAGGCAGAGGAGAAGGAGGAGGAAGAGAAAGAGGGGGGAGGGUUCUCCGCGGGGGUCGAGGAGAUAGAUGACGUGCCCGUGCAGAACUCGACGAACGGGACCGUCAUCGUCAUCAACGGCGUUGCCAAGGAAACCGCCUCUCGCGACGCCCUUGACCUGAAAAGGGAAGUGCCGGUGAUCGAGCUCUCCAGGAGGGACGCUAUAAAGGCGCUGGAGAGGAGGGCGGAGAGCCAUUUGGUGCCCAUCACGGAACUCCGCAGACCUCCUCUUCCUCCCGCUCUUCCUCCUCCUCUUCCUCCUGCACUGCCGCACACCCAACGAGACGACGCUCGAAUGGUCCAGCUGAGUCCCAACGCGUUCCCUGUCCCGGCCCGGGCCAUGCUCUACAACCUGGCGCAGCCUCUCGCCGCCAUCAACAGUCUUGGAGGGGAUUCAGAGCAGUACAGCAUGUACCCCAGCAACAGGGUAAAACGCCGCCCGGCGCCUUAUGAGGUUGAACUCGACGAGGCCGGCCAGCCAAAGAUUGUCCGGCGUAUCUUCACCAACAGCCGCGAGCGUUGGCGGCAGCAGAACGUGAACGGCGCCUUUGCAGAGCUCCGUAAACUCAUCCCCACUCACCCUCCGGACAAAAAGCUGAGCAAGAACGAGAUCCUGCGUCUGGCCAUGAAGUACAUCAGCUUCCUCUCCAACCUCCUGGAGGACCAGGACGGGGGCCGCAACGUUGGCACCACAACUGAAGAGGAUACCGGGAUCCUGGUUGGGGCCCACGAGGGGGUGCCCCAGGGCGGGCCGCGUCAGGACACGGUGGUGAGCUUGGCCAGAGACGACCUGCUGGAGACGAUGUCGCCCGGCUCGAGCUGCGGCAGCUUGCCCGACGGGGAUGCCGAGGGCAGCCCGGAGAGCUUCAUGGAGGAGCAGGACUCGCCUCCCGUUCCGAGGACUAUCGCGGCUUCGCGCGGCCCUGCGCUCCAUCUCAGACGCAACGGACGCCCGCUGGACGGCUCCGGCCGACGAUGAUUCUGAUGCCGAAAGAGUUGAAAACACAAGACGUGAGACUUCAACUUCACGGAAUGAAAAGAGUCUGCUUUGAUCUGUGGGCUCAUUUAAAGACGGGAGGAUGAAGCUGUGCAUUGUGUGACAACAUGGACCUUCCCGUCACCACACUUGACAGCAUGUAAAAAAAAAAAAAAAAAAAAGCCUCGGUUGGCCGGAUGCUGGAAUUUGGUCCACCAACUUGUAAACUCUGCAUGUCUUUGAGCGAGUGGCAUGCGGAUGAAACAUUUCUUGGUUUUGAAGGUGCUGAGAGGUUCUGUAGCGACGGAGAAACCUAUGGGGCAAAUCUGAAAUCCCUCGUAUUGUUCAAAAAAAGGUAUUAGAAAGAAGAAACAAUGUGCAAUCAAAGCAAAAACGAGAUCAAACCAAACGAUAAUGACACACUGAGCAACGAAAGGCAAGACCACUGACCGUGACUUUAAUUGAGGCAAAUAUCCAAACUGAAAUUGGGCACUCAUGCCCACCAAUUGUACCAAAAUGAAUACGGACACAAUGAGCUUGUUCUCACAAGAAUUUCAUAAGGUUACUAAAAGUCAUUGAAAUCAUUUUCCCCAUUGACAGAGAAGGAAAAAAAAAAAAAAAAAGAUCAUUUCAAGAUGCACAUGAAAAGAACCAAAUCUUAUCGGGCUGAACAAUUAAGCACUUUUCAGACUGUACUUGCUCAGUGUGAAAAAGUCACAGGGUGGCAACACAAAACCCCCGGUUGCCAGCGUGCCCAUAUUUGGAAGUGCAGACGUAGCAGCCUAGCAGGAAGUAAACAACGGAGGCUUUUGCAUGAAGUGCAGCUCCAUCUUCGUUGCAACAUGUUACGUCCGAUAAUGUGUGGGGACUGCGUCUGUAUCAUCAGGAGAACUUUUUUUUUUUCAUAUCAUAACAAGCACCAACCAACAUCAUGACUAUUUUCUUGCUUUACGAUACUGUGUCGUAACACUUUUCGCAGUCCGGCAAAUGCUAGCCUCAAAUGCAAUUAAAGCAUAAGCGAAAUAGAAACAGCAACAAAAAAUAAAUAAAAUAAAAAACUUUUUUUGUUUUUUAGUUUCUAUGCUGGUGCUAAAAAAAAAAAAGGUUGGGUACCACUGUACUGUACUGGAAAAAUAUCACAGAUGUAAGUACACUUUUCAUUUUUUGGCACUGAUUCCAAAUCUGCCUUCCUUUUUUUCUCUCGAGCACAUCCGAUUUUCAUCACAAUAUAAUCACAAUAAUACAUAAUAUAGUAACGUAUUCAGGAAUUAUGAAUUAAGUGUUUGGUUGAGUUGCAGGUGGAUUUUUUUUUUUUUCCUGAAACGUCAUAGAUAUGAAUAACAAUGGAUGGCAACAUUUCUAUUGCGCAAGCUUUUAUCGGUCAAACUUAAAAACAAAAAAUAGAAAUAUCUCAAAGACCAAAUGUGCUGGGGAAAAAAAAAAAGUAUGCAUUUUUGGAACCGAUGUCAAAAAUAUGUUUAGGAACACAUAAAGCCAUACAGUUGACCACCAUUAUAGUUAAAAUCUUUAGUUGUUCCAGCUCUAAUCCUAACUUUUUUUUUUUAAAUAUAGAAAUUCAGGGGGAGCACUUCCACAAAAUUCCCAUGAAAACAUAGCUUAGUAUAUAUAAGAA